AUGUUGCAAGAACUGGGAUUCCCUGAUAAGUUUGUCAAAUGGGUUAUGGCUUGCUUGUGUUCAGUGUCUUAUUCUAUUAUGGUGAAUGGUUUUCCUUCCAAGCCAAUCCCUGCUAAGAAAGGGUUGAGGCAGGGUGAUCCAAAGUCACCAUUCCUGUUUGCAAUAGGAAUAAAAUACCUGUCUAGAUGCUUAUCCUUACUUGGACAAUCCAAAGAGUUCAAGUUUCAUCCAAGAUGUAAAAGAAUUGAUCUGACUCACUUGAUGUUUGCAGAUGAUUUACUAAUGUUUGCUAGGGGAGAUGAUGCUUCUGUUUCCCUCCUUUUUGAUGCUUUUUCUAAGUUUUCUGCUGCUUCUGGGUUGGAAGCUAACAUGAUGAAGAGUGAACUGUAUUUGGCUGGUGUACCUGAUUCUGUAGCUCUCAGUAUUCUAGCUAAGAUUGGUAUACCUAGGGGUUCUUUUCCUUUUAGAUACCUUGGUGUCCCUCUCUCAACUAAGAAAUUGAGCUUUACAGACUGCAAGCCUUUGAUUGAGAAGACUGUAGCAAGGAUAUUCAUUAUGCCUAAGAAGGUGUUGAAAGAAAUUCAAAGAAUUUGUAGAUGUUUUCUAUGGACUGGAGCUGAAGGGAAUUCCAGGAAAGCUCUUAUUGCUUGGGAUCAAUUGUGUUUACACAAAAUCUGUGGGGGUUGGAAUCUUAAAGAUUUACCUUUGUGGAACAAAUCAGCUGUUGCUAAACAUUGUUGGGCUUUAUCUUUGAAAGCUGAUAAGCUAUGGGUGAAAUGGAUUCACACCUACUAUGUGAAGCAUAAUGACUUUUGGACCAUGCCAAUCCCUAAUGGGCUGUCUUGGUCUUUGAAGAAGAUUUGGCAGCAAAAGAAGACUCUGAGUAACUCUGGUGAUUUGCAACAGUUUGUAACUGCAGGAAGAUUUAAGAUUCAGAGAAUGUAUAAUCAUUUGAGACAGCAAGGGGAGUCUGUGGGGUGGAAGAGGAUUGUUUGCAACAGUCAUGCUAGCCCUAAAAGUAUUUUUAUUGUGUGGUUGGCUCUGCAGGACAGACUUGCAACUAAGGAAAGGCUGAGAAGAUGGAAUGUUAUAGCUGAUAGUGUGUGUUGCCUUUGUCACAGCACAGAUGAAAGUAGGGAUCACCUUUUCUUUGCCUGCAGUUUUGCAUCUGAUAUUUGGAAUCAGGUUCUGCAGAGAAGUGGAAUUCAUAGAACUGUUGGAGCUUGGAAUGAUGAAGUGCAGUGGGUGCAGAAAGUAAGCAGAAGUACUAGAAGUAAUGCUAGAAUGUGUAAUAGUUUGUUUUGUGAAACUGUGUAUUCUAUCUGGCUAGCUAGGAACUCUAAAGUGUUCUCUAACCAGUUAGAUAGUAGUUUAAGUAUUGUAAACAGAAUUCUGUUUAGGGUAGCUUGUAAUAGCUAG